AUAAGUAGUCUAAAUUAUGUACACAAAUUUAUUAACCUUAAAAUUCCUCAAUCAUAUUUUUUAGGUUAAGGUACUAAAUGUUUGGUAUUAUGCUUCCCCAUUCUAUAAUUUGACUGUAGUUUAUAUUAUAGUUUAAGGAUAAAAGAGAUAUGGAGAAAAGUAUAUAAAAUAUUGAAAAUAUUUGUAAAUUGUAUAAAUAAAUAAUAGAAUAAAAAUAUGUCUGUUGAGAAAACUAGUGAAAAAAUUGAGAAAGAAAAAAAUUUAUUAAUUAUUGUGUUAGAUGUAAAUCCAUUACAGAGAAUAGUUAAAGAAGAAACAAAAAUAUUGACACAAUGUUUAGAUUCAACAAUCGUAUUUGCAAAUGCACAUUUAAUGCAAGCAUCAAACAAUCAAUUAGCAGUGAUGGCUUGUCAUGGACAUGGAGCUACAUUUUUAUAUCCUUCUGAUAAGAACAAUGAUAUACGUCAAAUAGAUGGACAAUAUGAAAAAUUUACAGAGUUAGAACGUACCGUUCGACAACAAAUACAACUAUUUGUUAAUCAAAUACCCUUAGAUUCUUCGUUGAAUGGCGAAAGUCUUAUUUCUGGAGCACUUUCUAUGGCGUUAUGUUAUAUUUCAAGGAUAUCUCAGGAUAAAGAUGGAGAUGAGAAAUUCUCCUCAAGAAUACUCGUAAUCACUGCAAGUAAUGACUCAACCAUGCAAUACAUGAAUUAUAUGAAUAUAUUUUUUACGGCACAGAAAAUGGGUGUUAUACUGGAUGUAUGUAGUUUGGAUCAAGAAUUAACAUUGUUACAACAAGGCUGUGAUAUAACUGGUGGAAAUUAUUUGAAAGUACCACAAUUAAAUGGAUUACUGCAGUAUUUAUUAUGGGUUUUUUUACCAGAUUCUAGUGUUAGAUCAAAAUUAGUGUUACCUCCUCCAGUAGAGGUUGAUUAUCGUGCAGCGUGCUUUUGUCAUCAAGAACUUGUAGAUAUUGGUUACGUAUGCUCUGUCUGUUUAUCAAUUUUCUGUAAAUUUAGUCCAAUUUGUACCACGUGCCAUACAGUGUACAAGAUGCCAGGACCAAUACCAAUGAAAAUGAAGAAAAAGAAAAAAAAUUUAGAUAUCACACAUUGAUUAUGUCGUAUUUAACGGUAAUAUGAACAAUUUUGUACAAUUACAAAUAUACGUAUACACUUUUUUUACAAGCAUUGAAAAUAUUUAUUGUAAUGAGUAAUGAAAUAUUGAUGUGUUAUUUAAUAUCACAUUACAAUCCUUUUUUAUAGUAAACUCUAUCCGGCAACUCUUCCUUUUCAAUUUUUUCUUUAAAUUCAUUAUACUCUAAUGGAUAUAUCUUCAUUAAAUCUGGCCUCAUAGAACUAAAUUAUCAUAAAAGAAAUUUUUGUUAAAUAUAUAUUAAAAAUAAAAAUAUUACAGCUUUUAUUAUUACAGAUAAUUACAGAAACAUAAGUAAAUUGUUCUUACUUGCACAGUGGAAAUAAUGCCAGUGCCGAGGGAAUCAUCACUAACAAUCUAUGUAUAUGGCAUAAUAUAAUUAAACAUAUAUAUGUAUUUUAUAGGUACACUAUAAUAUUCUAAAACAAGAAAAAACAUACGAAACAAGACAUAAGCUCAGCUUGAUCGGAAAUAAGAUCCAUGGACGACGAUAAUAUAAACACGUUGCUUUUAUAUAUUCUGCUGCAAUUGGAAUCAUAAUCAUUGUUGGAGUUACAGUUAACGUUCUAGUAAAAAAGCAUUCAGAGGCUGCUUUAAUUGCAGCAACUUUUGAAUUCAUUAAAUGAUCUUCAUGAACAACCCAUAUAGGAAUUCCUUUGCUAAUUUCUUUUCGUCGUAUAACAGCAAAAUUAACCAAAUUUCCAAUCGUUAAUCCUCCCAAUGGAAUCAGUCGCUAUAUUUUAAUAAUUAUAACAUUGCCUUUUGUACAAAAAAAAAAAAAAGAAAUAUUUCAUAAAUUAACCGUGAAUAUUGGUCCUUUGCAGACAAACAUUUUCUUCAAUCCAAGAACCGUCAUGCAGCUAGCAGCACUGCUGCACAAAAAGGCUUCUUCUACUAUGGUAUCAUUUUCAGAUUCGUUUAUCUCUUUAUCUUUUAUAUUUCUGUUUGUAUAGUUAACGAUAGUAGUAAAUGCCUGAUUAAUUAUUUGCAAGCUUAAGAGAGCAGCUGUAGAUCUAAAGAACAAUAAAUUAUGCGAGAUCGA